AUGGCUCCUGGUCCAGUUGUUGAUGCAGUCACUGAGCCCGAACUCGCCCAACAAAUUCCCGUUGUUGACGAAACUACCCUCAAGAAGAAACCCCAACCCGAGGAAGACGAUGCUCCCAUUGUGGAGGACGUAAAGGAGGAUGACAAAGAUGAUGAUGAUGAUGAAGAUGACGACGACGACGAGGACGAUGACGACAAGGAAGAUGGCGCUCAAGGUGGUGCUGAGGGUUCAAAGCAAAGCAGAAGCGAGAAGAAGAGUCGAAAAGCAAUGCUGAAGCUCGGACUGAAACCUGUUACUGGCGUUAGUCGUGUCACAAUCAAAAGAACCAAAAAUAUUCUUUUUUUCAUCUCAAAACCCGAUGUAUUCAAGAGUCCAAAUUCUGAGACUUACAUUAUAUUUGGAGAAGCAAAAAUAGAAGACCUGAGCUCUCAGUUGCAGACGCAAGCUGCUCAGCAGUUUAGAAUGCCAGAUAUGGGAUCUGUAAUUGCAAAACAAGAUCAAGGUGCAAUAGCUGGUGCACAGCCUGAGGAGGAAGAAGAGGAGGUUGAUGAAACUGGUGUUGAGCCCCAUGACAUUGAUUUGGUCAUGACACAAGCAGGAGUUUCCCGGACCAAGGCCGUCAAGGCUCUCAAGACUCACAAUGGAGACAUUGUUGGUGCCAUUAUGGAGCUCACUACUUAA